GACGGCAAAGGAAAGGAUGCUAAAGAUGGGAAAGGCAAGGGCAAGAAAGGGAAGAUGCGUGAUGCCGACGGCAACAAAAUUGGUCGCGGCAUAGGUGACGGAAGCACCAAGUUGAAGGACGACCAGUUCUGCACUUUGACCGUGACGGCGGACACGGCGAUGAAGGCAAACGGAGGCAAGCGUUGCAUCGAGAUCAUGUUGGGCUACGGUCGGAACGUGGAGCGGGCCUUGGCGGACUUGGGCGUCGAGGCGAAGCUGCCAAGCCUCGAGGAGAUGACAGGGGUGAAGACCAAGAAGAAGGACAUCGAUCCUAUGGACCCCUCUUCCUACAGCGAUGCGCCUGUUGGUGCGUGGUCUGCUGGCCUCAAGAAGCCAGGACAGAGGGCGGGAGCUCAGGGAGCAGCUCCCCGAGACUCGAAGACUGCGAACGCAGAGAGGUUCUGA